AUGUGGGAAAUUGCAGCUCCAGCUCUAAUCACCGAGGUUUCUCAAUUCUCAAUCAGCUUCGUCACCGCCGCUUUCGUCGGCCACCUGGGUUCCCUCCAGCUCGCCGCCGUCUCCAUUGUCCAGAACGUCCUCGAGACUUUCGUCUUCGGAUUCAUGUUGGGAAUGGGAAGCGCCCUCGAGACGCUAUGCGGGCAAGCAGUGGGAGCAGGGCAAACCCACAUGCUAGGAAUCUAUAUGCAGAGGUCAUGGAUAAUCUGUAUGGUCACAGCGCUCUGCCUGGCGCCGGUCUACAUUCUAGCUACCCCAAUUUUGAAGCUGCUUCACCAGGACAAGCGAAUUUCGGAGCUGGCGGGGAAAUUCGCCAUCUGGGUCGUGCCUCAAUUGUUCCUGUACGCGCUCAAUUUCCCGCUGCAGAAGUUUCUUCAAGCCCAGAGCAAAGUGUGGGUCUUGACUUCGAUUUCGACCGUGGUGCUGGGAAUCCACGCGCUUCUCAACUGGAUUUUCGUCGCCAAGCUUGGUUAUGGCGUCGUUGGUGCUGCUGUGGUGGCGGAUGUGUCUUGGCUGCUGGUGGUUUUGGGUCAGAUGAUUUAUGUGGUCUCUGGUUAUUUUCCUGAAGCUUGGACUGGGUUUUCGAUGAAGGCGUUCAAGUCGCUUGGUGGGUUUGUGAAGCUCUCGCUUGCCUCUGCGAUUAUGUUGUGCUUGGAGCUGUGGUAUACCACGGUGGUGAUUCUGAUGGUUGGAUGGUUGAAGAACCCGGAAAUUGCUGUAGAUGCCAUUUCCAUCUGCAUGAACAUUCAGCUGUGGACAUUGAUGGUCGCUUUGGGAUUCAAUGCAGCAGUAAGCGUGCGAGUGUCGAACGAAUUAGGAGCAGGCAACCACAAAGCUGCGAAAUUCUCAGUAAUGGUGACUGUCACAACUUCAACAAUCCUAGGACUGAUCUUCGCCGCAGCAGUUCUAGCUACGAAGAACGAGUUCCCGAAGCUAUUCACUUCGAAGCCGGAGGUGAUCCACGAGGCGUCCAAGCUUGGUUACUUCUUGGCAGCCACUAUCUUCCUGGACAGCAUCCUGCCAGUACUCCACGGGGUAGCGGUUGGGGCAGGAUGGCAGUUCCAGGUUGCACUGAUAAACAUUGUGUGUUACUAUGUGUUCGGGCUACCGAUCGGGGCUCUGCUUGGCUACAAGUUCGAGUACGGAGUGACAAGAACUUGCAGUUGGCUUAUUCAACCAUGA